CCACUACAUCACAGCUUGACUUUUAUUCUUUCUUGUCCAAAUGAGUUAUAUUUAGCCGCUGGACGCUGAAACGUUGUAAAAAAUAAACAGCUCUAAUAAAGGUCCCGUGUAGCUGGUGGUGACGGGUCAGUGUGGUGUCUCAGCUGUUACUGGUAAAGCCGUCUGCUGCCCCAAGUGAAUAUCUUGUGUAUAUACCUGUUUGGACACCCUCUCCGCGCGUGGCAGAGUCAAACCAGUGAAAACAGCAGGAGCAAGAAAGUAUCAGUAUCAAGAUCAGUAUUAAUAAUUAUGGCAGAGAUGCAUGGUGAAUUUUAUCUAUAAGAUGGGGGCCGUUUGACCUAAGUACCAGUCAAGGACAUCAGGAAGACCCGUGUGGAGGCCAAUGAGGGAGGUAGCAUACAGUGAGGGAUGGUGAUUACGGUGAUGAGGGUGAAGGGUGGUGGAGGAGAGUAGUCAACUAUUAAAGUAGUUCCUACCUCAAACCCCCUUCUACUCUACCUCACCCCACCCCACUGUGAGGUUGUUAUGGAUGACCUGCAAGUGGUAGUUCCAUCCUGCCUCUACUGCGACCAUCAGUGAGGCAGCCCUGGCUGGCCCAGAGUGUGCAGCAAUCACGUUGGAAGCUGUUAGGAGCCCUGCCAAGCGUGCUUGGUGGAAGAGUAGCAAGACAGGGAAGGAAGAGGUAGUGGGAGGAGCUUCAGAACGUGCUCUGAAGCACCUUGCUGAUUGGGUGAGCCAGAUCAGUGUGGCCACAGAGGAAGAAGGCACCAGCAGCAACCUGCACCACCAGGUGGACAAAGCCAGCAGCAGCACUUGUAGCAGUAGCUCCCCCACCGCCCCUAUGCCGCUCCUGAGUCCUAGGCCAAGUCCCAAGAUGGCCGCCACGCCCAGCAACUCUAACCUCUUCUAUACAGUAGAGGUGGGCGACACCCGGUUCACUAUCCUGCGCCGCUACACCAACCUCAAGCCCAUCGGCUCAGGGGCCCAGGGCAUUGUCUGUGCUGCAUAUGACUCCGUGACACAACAAAACGUGGCUAUCAAGAAGCUGUCAAGGCCUUUCCAGAAUGUGACUCAUGCCAAGCGAGCCUACAGGGAGUUCAAGCUCAUGAAACUGGUCAACCACAAGAACGUGAGCACCAGCAGGGAGCAGGGAGGAGCAGGGGGAGCUGGGGAGGAAGAGGGAAGGAGGGAGGACAGAGCUUACAGGGAGUUCAAGCUCAUGAAGCUGGUCAACCACAAGAACAUCAUUGGGUUACUGAAUGCCUUCACACCACAGAAGUCCCUGGAUGAGUUUCAGGAUGUAUACUUGGUGAUGGAGUUGAUGGAUGCUAACCUUUGUCAGGUGAUUCAGAUGGACCUGGACCAUGAACGCAUGUCAUAUCUUCUCUAUCAGAUGCUAUGUGGCAUCAAGCAUCUUCAUUCUGCUGGAAUCAUUCACAGGGACCUCAAGCCUAGUAAUAUUGUGGUCAAAUCUGACUGUACUCUCAAGAUUCUAGACUUUGGGCUAGCUCGUACUGCAGGCACCACUUUCAUGAUGACACCCUAUGUUGUGACCAGAUAUUACCGUGCUCCAGAGGUGAUCCUGGGCAUGGGCUACACAGAAAAUGUGGACAUCUGGUCUGUUGGGUGCAUCAUGGGGGAAAUGAUUCGAGGAGGAGUCCUCUUUCCAGGCACUGAUCAUAUUGACCAGUGGAAUAAAAUUAUAGAACAAUUGGGUACCCCUUCCCAAGAUUUCAUGUCCAGGUUGCAGCCAACUGUUCGUAACUAUGUUGAAAACCGUCCCCGCUACCCAGGCUAUUCCUUUGACCGCCUCUUCCCAGAUGUUCUUUUUCCUGCUGAGUCUACAGACCACAAUCGAUUAAAAGCGAGCCAGGCACGUGACCUCCUGUCUCGCAUGUUGGUGAUUGAUCCAGAGCGAAGGAUAAGUGUGGACGAGGCACUCAUGCACCCAUAUAUCAACGUUUGGUAUGAUGAAGCGGAGGUCAAUGCUCCUGCACCUGGACCCUAUGACCACAGUGUAGAUGACCGGGAACACACUGUGGAUCAAUGGAAGGAGCUAAUCUACAAGGAGGUGAUGGACUAUGAGUUGGUAUACAACACUCCUGGUGGUGGGGCAGGAGCUGGUGGGGCCCGUGGAACAGCAGCUACUCAUGCUCCAACAUCAACUGCCACUAAUGCUGCUGCAGAUGGGGAACCUGAUCACCGCCCUAACCACAGAUAGGGGUGCCCGCAGCCCUCCUAACAACCCAACAACCUCCGCCCUGCCCUGGCCCCUCGCCCCACUCAACAGCUGCUCACUGACCUCGGGAGGAGGCUGAGGCUGGCCACUCAUGAGAACUGUUGGCUCUGACUCGGUUAAGUUGUUUUCUUGUACUCAAGAACUUAGUUAUUUGGCCACUGUUCUCUAGGCUAGGUGGUAACCUCCACUUACCACACUGUGCCAGAGAGUGAGGUGGGGUGGCCACCACUAAUGCCAGCCCGGUGGUAUCACCAACUCAUGCAGUUUUGACAGUUCAUAAUUAUCCCUCUCAUGCUUGUUAGCUGAGGCAUCACCAUGCACCUGACACCAUCAACCUCUUGUGUCCAGCAUGUCCUGUGUCCAAAAGAGUGAGAGCAAGUGAAUGCAUCAGAAAAUAAAAGCAUUGAUGCAAUCAUGAUCAUGUAGAUGAACAUAUGCAAUUUUAGGGUACUGUAUAAGCUGUAGAUAUUUGACUGCUUUGUGUCUCACAACCACCAUUGGAGAGGAGCUGUACCCUUCUGUGUUGAAAUAAAUAUGAACAGAUUAGGUUACAAUAUCACCAGACCCUCUCCUGUAUGAAGUCAGUUGUUUCAAAAAAUCAUCUGUCUUGC